AUGCAGGAGUUACUCAAAGGUUUGAUCAGCUCAAUAUUCAAGAGUGGAAGAGUGACACCUUCGCCUCUUCUUGUUGAAAGUGCACUGAAACACACACGCAUAUCCAAUAGAACCAUUGAUGAAACAUACCUCGAAAGACUCAUCAAGGCAAGAUCAUAUAAUGCAUAUCUGAUGUAUCGAAGAAUGUGCAAAACUGAUGCUGACAAAAUAAUGUUCUACAUAAUCAUAAAGAUGUCAAACUCUCAAUCUUCAAUUGUUGAUGAGUUGAAUAGAAACCUCAAGAAAGGUGCAUUAGGAUUUGAAACAUCAUAUUUUACAGAUUGUGGAAUUGGAUAUCUUAGAGAUAAGAUAGAUCUACACACAUGUACAAUUGUUUUCCAGGUGUACCAGAAUGCAUGCAUUUACAAAAAGUUGAAGUGUUUACAAUCGUUCCAUUCAAAGGCGCAUUCUCAAUUCUAUAAGGUUGUUAGAGAAGAGCUUGAGAAGUAUGAAUGCGCUGUAAUGGCUCAGGAAGAUGAACUACUUGAGUUCUAUUCAGGAAUGUAUUCUGCAUAUAUAAAGCUGCAGAUCAUUCAUCAACUCAAUGAGUGCUUCACAGAUUAUCCAAAGAUGCCAUUUGAGUUUUUGAAGCCUGAUAUGUAUUCAGGUCGUGAUUUCUAUAGAAAAGUGCUUGAAUCGAGCUUUUUGCACAUCAACAGGUGCUUGAAUUCAUUUGUGUUCCGAGGUGAAUUUAGUGAUGAUACAAACGAGUUUUUUAUUUGUAGAAGCAUGUCUGUGAAUCCAUGGGACGAGUUUACGGUUGAUUUUGGCCUUGUUCCUAGAUUUGUGCCCAACAGUGUGGUUGAGAAAAUACUUUAUAUAGGUAAAUGUGCAUUGCUUGUUAGAAAGUAUAAUGCUGACAGUAUAGAUAAGAUACAUACAUCUGAGAUUGAUAGUUAUGCCGAAACAAAAGGAAAUCGCAUGUUUGGAAUUGAAAAUAUGUCUGUAGAUGGUGCCUGUGAUACACAUGAAGGUUUGUACAAACAUGCUUGUCUUGACAUACUCAGCCCUGGUUUAGCUGAUGAUGUUGAUUUGGCUCUUGAUAUAUCCAACAAGCAAGUAGAAAAAAGGUUUUUGAGAGACAUGAGAAUCUGGAAGCAUAUAGAUGGAGCAAGAAAUUGCUUUCUUUUUGGAAGAGGCGACUUUAUAGAAACGCUCUUCAUGUAUUUAAAGGAUAGUAAAAAUCUUAGCAGCAAGAGUUUCAGCUAUAUUCUUGACAUGGCUGUUAGGAACACAUAUGGACAAGUAGAUGAGUUUGCAUCUGGUCUGGGCGUGUACAUUGCUGAUGAAAAAAAUAGAUAUGAGAAUUUUGCGCUAUUUAGCCACGUGGAGUAUCCUGCAAAUAUGGUUAUCACAAAUGAGUGUGUAUUGAAGCUUGUGAUGAUUUUUCAGUUUCUUUGGAAGCUUAAACUUGUUGAGCAUCUUGUUCUGAAGUUAUCGGCGAUGGAAUUGGAAAAGCCCACAAGGAUAAGAAUUGCAUUGUAUACAAGUUUGGUGUAUAAGAUAAGUUAUUAUGUAUUUGAGGAAGUUAUUUCGUUCAGGUGGAGAUUUUCAUUGGCUGGUGGAGAAAUGCCUUUGAAUGAUUUGAGAAGAGGUGUGGAAAAAACACUUGAUGCGAUUAUUUGCCAAAGCCAGAUUGAAGGAGGAAUAGAACGAGUUCUUGAUUCACUGAAAGAUUGUUUGAUGGAUGCAGGCACAAGAGUGUGUUUAUUUGAUGACUCGAAGAUACAAAAUGUGCUUUGUGAAAUGGUUGAGAAGUCAGGGAAUGUGUUGAUUGGAACAUCACUGUCAGAUCUUAGGAAGUAUGUGAUUGUGUGA